AGUCAGGUGUUUAAAGGAGAAACUGUUACAGAAAUCAGUGAGAGAUUUAAAAAGCGACUGCAGCUGGACAGAAUCAGUGGAGCUUUAACCAUCAGGAACAUCAGCAGGAAUCAUUCUGGAGUUUAUUUAUUACAAGUUCUUACACCUCGUCUCUCAUCUAGGACUUUCAGUGUCAGUGUUUAUGGUUUACUGUGUGCAGCUGGAGACGAGACGGUCACACUGCAGGAAGUGGAAGGAACCACUAUAACUCUCCAUACUGGGAUAACUGGGAUUCAGAGUGAUGCUCAGAUUCUGUGGUUUUAUGGACCUGAGAAAGCAGAGAAGAAGAUAUUAAACAGUCAGGUGUUUGAAGGAAGAAAUGUUACACAAAUCAGUGAGAGAUUUAAAAAGCGACUGCAGCUCGACAGAAUCAGUGGAGCUUUAACCAUCAGGAACAUCAGCAGGAAUCAUUCUGGAGUUUAUUUAUUACACGUCAUCAAUGGAGGUCUCUCAUCUAGGACUUUCAGUGUCAGUGUUUAUGCUGGAGACGAGACGGUCACACUGCAGGAAGUGGAAGGAACCACUAUAACUCUCCAUACUGGGAUAACUGGGAUUCAGAGUGAUGUUUAUAUAGUCUGGUUCUAUGGACCCGAGAAAGCAGAGGAGAAGAUAUUAAACAGUCAGGUGUUUAAAGGAGAAACUGUUACAGAAAUCAGUGAGAGAUUUAAAGAGCGACUGCAGCUGGACAGAAUCAGUGGAGCUUUAACCAUCAGGAACAUCAGCAGGAAUCAUUCUGGAGUUUAUUUAUUACACAUCAUCAAUGGAGGUCUCUCAUCUAGGACUUUCAGUGUCAGUGUUUAUGGUAAGUAA